GAGCUCACCAUCCAAAACCAUAGAUGCUUGCAAAACCAAGCUGCUUCUUGACUCCCAAGAGCAGCAGCAGCAGCAGCGGCAGCAGCAAGCAGAUCUAGCAACAACACACAGCUCACUCCCAAACUUCCAAAAAAAAUCCACAAGUGUUUCUUCCGUUGUUGCAGCGUUGUGACGUGCAUGCUUUGCCUGCUUGCUUGAGGGAGCAAGCGCUAUACUGCCACUUCGCAACCUUUCUUCUCCAGGAGGCGAGGAUGUCUGUGGCGGUGUGCCGUGGCCCGGCCAUGCCGGCGUUCGAGCCGUCCACCUGGCUGCGCGCGGCGGCUGAGAACACGUACAGCAAGCCGGAGGUCGCCGUCGACGACCGGCCGGCGCAGGCGGACAUAUGGAAUGCUAUCCAGGCCGACGUGGUGGACAAGUCGGCCACCACCGGCGCCAAGAAAGCCGCCGCCAAGCCGUACGUCCACCCGCUGGUGCGGCGAUCUUCGAGCCUGAUGAGCCAGAAGAGCCUCGAGGUCUGCACCGAGAGCCUCGGCUCCGAGACCGGCUCCGGCGACUUCACCGCGUCGCUGGAUGACGUCGACAUGGCCAGCCUCUUCGGCGCGCCGGCUGCGCCGGCGUCGAAGCGCGCGGAUCAGGCGGCGGAGGACUCGUUCUGGCAGCAGAGCGCGGCGCCGGAGGAGGCGUGGGAGAGGAAGGAGCUCGCGGCGGUGAACUACCACUGCUCGGGCGGGACGCGGUCGCCGCCACGCUCGUUCCCGCCGCCGCUCCCGUCCAUGUCGAGCCGCGACGCGCCGUGCCUGCAGAUGCGCCCUCGCCGCCAGGACGGUCGCCUCAUCGUCGACGCCGUGGUUGUCAGGCCCCGCGGGUACCUCCACGCGAGGCGCCAGGGCGGCCGCCUCCUCCUCUCCUUCGUCGACUGCUCUGCUCGCGAGCAGAGCGCGGCGAGCAAGGCCGCCGUGGCCACCGAGAAGGCGCCCUACUUCCCGGUCGUGGACGCCAAGCUCGAUCAGGACGAGGAGGUCGCCGCCGAAGUCGAGGAGGACGACGAGGUCGAGGAGGAGGAGGAGGAGGUGGAGGUGGUCGACAGGGGCACCGUGGUCGAGGUCAAGGUGAGCACGCAGCCGCAGACGCCCACCGCGGCCAAGGUGCACCGCUCGACGCUCGUCAUCAACAAGUUCGUCGGCAGCACGCCGCUGACCGUCGCCGACCUGCAGCCCCGGUGCAACGCCGACGCGGCAUGCGCAGCCGCCGCCGCCGCCGAAGCGACGACAGACGCGCCGGCCCCGGCGCUUCGCCGCGUGCCGUCCUCCACCUCCACCACGACGCUGGCGGCCGCGGUCGCCGUGGCGUCGACCUCCACCGACGGCGACGACGACGACGACGAGCCGCACCACCCGCCCGGCGCCGCCGCCCCCGCCGCCGACACCAAGCAGCUCCUCCUCUUCACCUCCCGCUGCCGCGACAAGCAGGAGCUUCUCCAGAGCGUGCGCCAGUGCCGGCAGCUGCGGCAGAAGCCCCUCUUCAUCCUCGAGCCCUACUGCAUUGCCACCUCCUAAGCUCGCGCCGCCGCCGCCGCCACAUCACACGCACACAGCUGCUAAUUAAUUAAUUAAUGCGAGAGUUCGGUCUCCCUCGCUCGCGCGUCGCGGUUGCUAGCUUAGGCUUUAAUUAAUCAACCAAUCAAUCAAGCAAAACACGCACGAUUUGCUACAAAAUUACUCAAAAUAUUAUUUAUUAAUAACCUUGGCUCGUCGUGACACACAGUAGCUGCUGCUGGGCCUUUUUGUGACACAUGCUUUGGGCAUGUGUCGUUUGGUGUUCCAGUUUUUUCUCUCUUCCUUUUUAACCGCGGUCGGUUCUUUGAUCGCCUCUGCAGCGGCUGCCUUUGUGCGCGUCGAGUGUGCACCUCGUGUUGUAAACUGUUUAUAUAGUCAUCAUCAUCAUGUAUUUCCAGUGUGAUUUGAGUAAUUAAUUGACAGAUUUGCUUCAAGAAA